UUAGAGAGUCGAGGAAUAUGUAGUGUACUCCAUAUUGAAGCUACAACGUUGCAGGAAUGGAUUUUAGGACUCCACGCCCAUCCAUCUUCUCCACCGCUCAAUCCAUCCACCCAUGAAUAAAUUGAAUUGAAAUACAAACCAUCAUAAAUUUAUCUCAUGCUUCUUCUGACUUGGCGUUGCUCUUAAAAAUCCAGAUUUUGUUGUUGGGCAAUGGCGUUGCGCUCGAAAGUUCUACAGAAGAAGGCAGAAAAGUUUGAACUGAAGAAAUUGCAGGCUAUUAAAGUAACUAAGGAAGGAGUAUCUUCCCUUGACACCCUGCUUCAAGAUGUUUAUGUCAAUCGGCGCCCAAAGCAAACUGAUUAUGAAGCUCGAAAAGAAUUAAUUCGCGUCUUCAAUGAGAUAGCAAAGGAACUUUAUGGCACCUCAAAGGACAUUCCCAUAGUUGUGGAAUUUGGUUCUUUUGUAAUGGAUCUUUUCAGCACUACAAGUGAUCUGGACCUCUCAGUAAAUUUUAGCACCGGUGGAGUUAAUUUUCCGCGUGAAAAGAAGAUCCAGACUUUGAGAAAGUUUGCAAGAAAGCUGUAUGCUAUACAGAGUAUGGGGCAUGUUUCCGGUGUCCUUCCUAUCACUACUGCAAAGGUACCCAUUCUGAAAUGUGUUGACCGUGGAACUGGAGUUGAGUGUGAUAUAUCAGUCGAAAAUAGAGAUGGGAUUUCAAAAUCACAGAUUAUUUGGAUGAUCUCAUCCAUUGAUGAAAGGUUUAAAAAGCUUAGCUUUUUGAUGAAGACUUGGGCUAAAGCAUACAACAUCAACAGUUCAAAAGAUAAAACCCUUAAUUCUCUCUCCAUAAUUCUCUUGGUUGCAUUUCAUUUACAGACUCGGACUCCUCCUAUUCUUCCUCCAUUUUCUGCCAUAUUCAAAGAUGGCACUGAUCCCGCAACAGUUGAAAAAUCAAUUCCUAAUUUUGUAAAUUAUGGGAAAAGAAAUAAGGAAUCUUUGGCUGAGCUCUUCAUCACUCUACUUCUCAAGUUAUCUUCGGUUGAAAUACUUUGGGCGAAAGGUCUCUGUGCAAGCACAUGCACUGCUUCUUGGACAUCCAAAACUUGGAAUUCUAAAGUUGGCUGUAUCAGUGUAGAGGAUUUUACUGAUAUAUCCCAGAAUGUUGCUCGGGCUGUUGGACCCGGAGAAGUGAAACAGAUCUAUAAUUGUAUAGAGAUAUCUAUUCAACAUCUCACCUCCUUCAUGGGGGGGCAGAUUGGACUUCAACUCAAGGAUCUUCUGUUUGGGGUUGAUGGCAUCCCUUCCUCAAUUCCUAGAGUUAUUGCAAAUUUCAAUAUGACUGCACAAUUCCCUCAUGUCCAGUCUCAUGGAAAAAGAAAAGUAACUGGGAAACGAGAGAAAAAAUCAAUGCGUCUUCUCAAUAAGAAUAGUACAGCCCACAUGAUAAGACAGUCAGGGAAGGGGAAGCAAGUAGAGCAAGCUGUGCUGGUUGAGACUUCGUUGGCAAAGAGGAUGCGGACAGAUGAGGGAUGGACAGCAGCACGUGGAACUCCAACAAAUAGUCAGCAGUGGGAGGUGACGCGUGCAGGAGCAGGUUGGGAACAAGCUGCAGCGGGAUAUGAAGCUAGAGGUAGUGGGGGUUGGGGGGUAUCUGAGCAAAACAGAUGGGGAGGCUGGGGAAGGGGAAAUCAGCAACAGCAAAGCAGUUGGGGAUGGGGAGCCGUUCAGCAGGGCGGUGGUUGGGGAGAAGGAAAUCAGCAAAGCAGCGGGGGUUGGGAUAAGGGAGGUUUGGGAGCAAUGCAGCAAGGCAGUGGUUGGGAUGGUGGAAUACGGCAGGGUGGUGGUUGGGGAGAUGGAAACUACGUGGGUCGGGGUUGGGGUGGUGGAGGUUGGGAAAGAAGUGAGCAGGGAAAUGUUGGAGGUUGGGGUUAUCAGCAAGGCUCAAACCUAUGUUGAUAGGCUGCUGCAGCUAUGUAAGAAAACUUGAGGACAAUAGAGUUUUUUUCCAUUGUCUUCUACUCCUCAUGAGCAUUUAGCUUAGUUAUAAUAUAAAAGGAAGCUUUAAAUC